AUGGCCGAAUAUGAAGCAUGCAUCAUGGGAAUGGAGGCUCUUCUGGCAUCAGGUGCUAAAGAAGUCGAGGUGAUAGGAGAUUCGUUGUUGGUUAUUGAACACGCUAAUGAGAGAUGGAAAGUGCAAGAAGAAAGAUUGAAGCCCUAUGUUGAGUAUUUGUUGAAAAAGGCAGCACUCUUUGAUAAGAUCACCUUCACUCACAUAGGAAGAAUCCAUAAUAGAAUUUCGGAUGCCUUGGCAAACCUAGCAUCAGCUUGGCAAGAUUUAAGUAAAGUCCCAAAGAAGCCAUUCAUCAUUACCACGACAAAUGUCCCGUGCUACGAAGAACAUUUUGUGAAUCAGGUGGAGUCAAAAGAAGAACCCUGGUUUAUGGAUAUCCUGCGGUAUAUGAAAGACGAAACUUUUUCUGAUGAUGCGACGAAGGAUGAUCGUUCGGUUCUAAGAAAAAUGGCUUUGAAUUAUGUCCUGGCUGAUGGUGAACUUUAUAGGAGGUCUUAG